AUGAAAAAACAGAGCGAUCAAUUCGAUAAUAAUAGAUUUCCAUCAAAUAACCAAACGUCUAAUUACAGUAGCGCUAAUAAUGAAAACAGCUUGGAACAGUCUUCUAGUAAACCUAUUAAUAGCAAGAAUAGCAAGAAUGAGAACGAAAUCAAAGUUAUUUUUCACGCUUAUUUUCCUAAAAGUACUGCUAAAAUUGGACAUCCCGUAAUUUUUGUUAAUAUUUCUAUAUCAAAUAUUACUGAAGGGCAUGCUUUUCAAUAUAGAUAUGUUAUUCAUAUAAUGGAAGGAAAAUUUGUAUUCGAAGGUCGAGAAUCGUCUAACACAUUUAGAUUGAUAUCUUGUCAAAAAUUACAAAUGUCAGCAUUAGAUUUAAGUGACAAGUUGUCACUAAAGUUAUUAGAAUUUCCAAGUUUUUAUUUAAAUGAACGUGAACUUUAG